AAAUGAAGAGGCCGUGCCGUCCAACCGACGAUUACGGGUGACUAAGUGGGUCCCCCCACUUAUAUACACCUCCUCUAACAAAAUGUACACGCACAUCUUUCACUCUCUUUUGUUUCUAUAGGGCUUUUCAGAUAAUUCAUCGAAACACGCUCACUUUCUCUUCCCACGCAAUACCUCUCUCUCUCUCUCUCUCUCUCUCUCUCUCUCUCUCUCUCUUUGAAGCUGUUCUACUUUUGUGAAGCUUUUUCCACUGAGCUUCUUUCCAUGGCUUCCUCGUCUGCUUCUUCCCGUGAGGGACACUACAGAGGGGUCAGAAAGAGGCCGUGGGGACGCUACGCAGCGGAGAUAAGAGAUCCAUGGAAGAAGACACGGGUUUGGUUGGGUACAUUCGACACACCUGAAGAAGCUGCACUUGCCUAUGAUGGAGCCGCCAGGUCGCUCCGCGGCGCCAAGGCCAAGACUAACUUCCCGGCUCCGGUCACCGCCGGCCUUUCUCUUGAUCUUAACCUCCCCUCCGGUCACUGGUCCUCUCACUCUAGUCGCCUUGUUCUUGGAGAGUUCUUGCAAACCGGAGUUUUAAAGGACAUAACCCGCUGCGGUGUCGACGCGGCCGACUCCUCAUCUCCUACUAAGCAUGAAGCCCCCGGUGAUUCUCAUGGAUGUGUGGUUGGUUGUUCUGCGCCAGAAAUUCCCUCUACGGCGUCGUUCUUGGGUCUGGUCCGGCGAGGCUUGCCCAUUGAUCUCAACGAGCCGCCUCCGUUAUGGAUGUGAAUGAUAUUUAGUAAAAAGACUUGAAAGAACGGCAGGUCGUUUCAGCGUUUUACGGCGUCGUCUCUCACCUUUUAUCUUUAUCUCCCCUUUUCUCAAUCCCAACUUUUUCUACCAUUUCCUUGCAAAGUUUGCUGGUUUUGAGAAUUGAGAGCGAGUAUCUAGUGAAAAUAUAUAUUAUAUUAUAUAUUUUAUUAUAAAAAAGUGGAGAGCCUCUGUACAUAUAAUGCUUUUGCUUUUUUUUAUUUUUAUUGUUAUUUUUUUUUGGUUUUCUUGGUUUAUUUUAUGAAACACUUUUCAGAGUAUUUUCUACUUUCAUUUCUAGAAAGUUCCGAGAUUUGUUUAUGGAGGACUUGAUGUCCAUCUGAAAUAUUUCGCA